UACUUUAGUAUCAACUUCCUGCUUGUCUUGGAGCUGCGUGCUUGUUUUAGAUAGCAACGGUAAUGAGAGACAAUUUAUGUGUUGAUAUUAUAACCAAAAGGUAAAACAUUAUACCACUAUUUAUCUUGUGUUACUUCCGUUUUAUAUUAAAUAGUUUAUCAAACGUUCGUCACGAUGGGUUUGUUGACGAUACUGAAGAAAAUGAAGCACAAGGAGCGAGAGAUGCGACUACUUAUGUUGGGUUUAGACAAUGCUGGUAAGACCACUAUUCUGAAGAAGUUCAAUGGCGAGGAUGUGAGUACCAUCUCUCCUACACUGGGGUUCAAUAUCAAAACUUUGGAACAUAAAGGGUUCAAGUUAAACAUCUGGGACGUGGGCGGUCAGAAAUCCCUUCGUUCUUACUGGAGGAACUACUUUGAGAGCACCGAUGGGUUGGUGUGGGUGGUGGACAGCGCAGACAGACUGAGACUGGAGGACUGCAGACAGGAACUCAGCUCUCUGCUGCUGGAGGAGAGGUUAUCAGGAGCUACUCUCCUGGUGUUCGCCAACAAACAGGAUCUUCCUGGAUCCCUGAGUAAAGAGACCAUUCGAGAGGCCCUGGGUCUGGAUGACAUUAAGACCCACCACUGGUGUAUCAUCGGCUGCAGUGCUGUGACAGGAGAGAACCUACUGACCGGAGUAGACUGGCUACUGGAUGACAUCGCUGCACGCGUCUUCACUGCAGAUUAACAUCCUGGGUGCUGCAUUAAUAAAACACAUCUGAAGAAGCUUCAGUGUUUCUCAAACUCC